AUGAUGGUGGCUUAUACGGAGGGAGAAGAAGGCGAUGGUGGCCAGGGUGCCGGUGGGGGUCGUCUAAGUAUUAGAUCGUAUGGAUCGACCGGGUCUAGUGUAGAUUCUAGUCCGAGUCCUACAUUUCUGCAGUACACUCCUGCUCCGGGUGAGCAGCACGCCCACGCUGCGACCCAUCCCCUGAAUGGGCUGCACCAUUCGGCCCACCAAAAUAUUCUGCUGAAUGCCGCCGCGAGUGGUAAAUGUAAAUGA